AUGGUACUUGCAAAUCUAGUUGUCUAUCUACUGGAUAAAUACUUGAGUGAUUAUAUCGAAAAUUUAGAUACAAAAAAACUUAAAAUUGAUUUAUGGAAUGGAAAUGUUGUUCUUGAAAAUCUAUAUCUAAAAUCCAACGCACUGGCGGAUUUAAAUCUUCCUGUCACUAUAUCAAUUGGAUAUUUACAAAAAUUAAUACUUCAAAUUCCAUGGACAAAUUUAUAUACACAUUCAACAAAAGUAACAAUCGAUGGACUUUUUGUACUAGUUAUACCAAAAACUGAAGUCGAAUAUGAUGCCCAAAGAGAUGCAAAAGAAAAACAUGAAGCUAAAAUGAAAGAAGUUCGAAAAGUUGAAAAACUUCGAAAAGAAAAAGAAGUUGAAAAAAAUGCCAAAGGAAAUGAUAAAAAUAACGAUACUUUACUUGAACGUAUGCAACUUCAAAUUAUUCGAAAUUUGGAAUUAUCAAUUCGAAAUAUUCAUAUUGUUUAUGAAGAUAAAUCAACUAAACCAAAUCAUCCAUUUUCAUUUGGAAUAACUCUUAAUUAUAUAUCACUUCAUACAACAACACCAGAUUGGAAAUCGGCUAUACUCAAAGAAGAUACAUCAUUGAUUCAUAAACUUGGUGAAUUAAGUGCUUUAUCAAUUUAUUGGAAUACAAAUGCUAAAUCUCGAACAGAUUUAACAAGAGAUGAUGCCAUCAAUAGUUUAAAAGAAAAAAUAGCUAUUGAUAAUCAACACGCACCAUCUGAUAUCUCAUACAUUCUUCGUCCACUUAAUGUCAAAGCACGACUUGCAUUAGCAAUGAAACCACGUGAAGAAGACUUUAAACGACCUAUGUUUGAUAUUAAAGUUGAUUUAGAUGAAAUCAGUCUUAAUAUGAAUCGUGAUCAAUAUUCGGAUUUACUUGAUCUUCUUGAAUUUCUAGGUUAUCUUCGUGUUCAAUCCAAAUAUAUAAAAUAUCAUGUGAAAAAAGAAUUAGUAGAAAAGAAAACAUUAAGAAAUUGGAAAUUUGCUUAUGAAGCAAUUGUUAAUGAAGAAAUUCGACCAAGAUUUGAUUGUUAUAAAUGGGAAAAUAUAAAAGCACAUUUAAAACGUUGCAGAGAAUAUCGUACAUUACAUUAUCAAAAAUUAAUAGGGAAACUAACCCAGGAACAAAAAACUCGUGCAGAAGAAUUAGAAAAAAAACUUGAUGUUUUUAAUUUAACAUAUAUUCGUCGAAGUGCAGAAAUUGAAGCUCGAAAAAAGGAAGAACAAGAACCUAAAACUUGGCGGAGAAAUGUAUCAAAAUGGUGGAACAGAAAUCAACCAAAAGAUCAUCCAGAACUUAAUUUAGAAAAAGACAUGUCACCAGAAGAGAAGAAAAAAUUAUAUGACGCUAUUGGUUAUGAAGGAGAAGAUACUUCAACGUCAACUUAUCCAGAAGAAUAUGUUGAUAUUGAUUUAGCAAUUCGAUUAAAUAUACUUAAUGUUAAUAUUUGGUCUAAAAUUAACGAACAUGAUACUCAAUUUCAAGUUAUUGCUCGUGGUGUUAUACCUGAUACUAGUUUAAUAUUCAAACGACGACCAGCUAACAAUGCUCUUGCUAUAUAUGUUGAUUUGGGCUCAUUUCAAGUAUUUGGUAUUGCAACAAAUUCCAGUCAAUCCGAAUUAUUAAACGAUAGUCGACCUGUACUUGUACGUCCAUCAGCAUUAUCAUUAACUAAUCAACAAAAAUUCUUACAAGUAGAAUUUGAAACAAAUCCAUUAGAUAAAAAAUCUGAUUAUCGUGUUAAAGUUGUUUCACAAUCAUUAGAAAUAAAAUAUAAUGCUCCAACAAUUAAUAAAUUAGUAGCAUGUUUUGAAUCCAAUGCUUAUCGAAAUUUACAAGGUGUUAAACAAGUCGCAUAUUCAACUUAUGCAGAUGUUAAACAUCGUUCAUAUAUAUUAAUGAAACAUAAUAUCGAAAAAAUCAAAGUUUUAGAUAUUUAUAUUGAUAUUCAAUCAUCUUAUUUUCUUUUACCAGCAAAUGGAGUUUACCAAGAUAAUGCUGCAACAAUAUGUAUGGAUUUAGGUCAUUUGACAUUAAAACGAGGAACAAAAUCAAAUGAUAAUGGAGAAGAAUUCGUUCCAGCUAAAAAAGCAAAAGAUAUUAAAGAUGCUCGAGAAAAAUCAUAUACACAAUUUAAAUUGAAACUUGAAGAUAUUCAAUUAAUUUACGCAAAUCGAAAUGAAAGUUGGGAAAGUGCUCGUAAAGAAAAAAAUACACGUAUACAUUUGAUUCAACCAAUGGAACUUGAAUUAGAUGUUGAUAAAUGUAUUUAUAAUGAUGAUGCUGUGUUACCUGCUUGGAAAGUUGCUGGAAAUAUUCCUAGUGUAGAUUUAGGUUUAUCAGAUACACGCUUAUUUCGAAUAAUGCAGCAUAUUCAAUCAAUUCCACUUCCGAAAUCGAAAACUAGCGCAAUUGUCCAAGCACCAGUCGAUGUCGAAUCAGUAUCUGCACAAUUGUUAGUUAUUAAUACGGAAGAAACAUUAGAGGCAGUUGAAGAAAUAACAUCCGUAAAAAAAACUAAAGAAAAGAAGAAAAAGGAAUUUAAAGGACAAUUAACACAAUUAGAAGCUAUGUUUACACUUGAUAAAAUUGAUUUGCAUAUUGAUAAAGCUGCAAAUGAGAUUAAUGAUAAGGAUAAUGAUGAACCAUUUCUUUGUUUAACACUUGAAUCUAUAAAUGCUAAUACAAAAAUAAAAACAUUUGAUAUGGAACUUAAUGCAUCAUUAGCUAAUUUCAUUGUUUAUCAUCAACAAUUUAUUGGUAAAGAUAAUCAACCAUUACGUUUAUUAUCAGCUCAAUUAGAUAUACAAAAUACAAUGAAAAAACAGAAAUUAGUUAGUUUAAAAUUUCUACAUACUUCACAAAAAAAUCCGUUAUUUUCAUCUUCAACUUAUAAUGAAAUUGAGAAUAAAGCGGAUGUUCAUUUUAGUAAACUUGUUGUCACAUUACAAUUAGAAGUACUUUUAUCCAUAUUCAAAUUUCAAGAUUCAUUAAUGAAAAAAUUACCGAAGGAUAUAACAGACAAUCAAAUAAAAGAGCCACCAAAAGAAGAAGUAAAAGCUAUUGAAAAUAAUGAAAAAACAGAAAAGCGUGUUAAGAAAAAUGAUACUCCGGCAACAACUUCACUUAAAAUAAAUGCUGAUCUAGAAGAAUUUCGAAUAAUUCUUGCAUCAAAACAAGCACGAUUAUUUGACAUUCAAGUUCAAGGUAUCAAAGCUAAUGUAUCAAAAUCAUCAGAAAAGACAUUAGCUAAUUUAAUUCUAUCAGAUCUAUGCGUUUUUGAUCCGUAUGAAGGAGCACGAUAUCGAAAAAUUGUUUCUCAACAAGGCGAUGAUAAAGAUUUACUUCGUGUUGAUUUAUCCUUAUUUAAUUAUCCAGUGGAAUAUAAAAAAUCUCUUGAUAUUUAUGACUGUGAUGUAAAAGUUGAAUUUGCUAAAGCCAAUAUUGUCUUUCUGUUCAAACAUAUCGAUGUACUUUUAGGUUUUCUUCAAACACUAAAUAUAACUAAAUCAGCACUUGAUUUAGCAUCAACACAAGCAGAUGCUGCCUAUGAACAAGUACUAAAAUUACAAGAACAAGCAUUUAAAGUUCAUCUCGAUAUAACAUUUAAUGCUCCAAAUAUAAUUAUCCCAACAAAUUCAUAUUCUGAUGAAGCUUUAUUAUUUGAUUUGGGUAGAUUAACAUUAUUAACACGUUUUUAUGAUGAUCCAGAACGUUCACUUGUUGAACAACAAAGUGUUCGAUUAGAAAAUGUUCUUGCUAGUCGUGUUAAACUUAAUCAUGAUAAUAAUAUUCUUGGUGAAAUUAUUUUACUUGAAUGUGCGGAAUUAAAUAUAUUAAUUAAUCGUUUACUUUAUCCUGAAAAAGUUAAACAUGAACCAGGAGUUUCAAUUAAAGUUGAAUGGGACUUAGUUCAUUUUCGAUUAGCUAAAGGUGAUUAUUCAUGUGUUAUGAAAGUCUUAAUGGAAAAUUUUACAGAAAAUAUUCGUGAUCAAAUACCUGAAACUGCACAACUUGAACAAUAUCAUUAUAGACAAGAAGAACAAGAAGAAGCAGAAGAAGCUUUAAGAAAUGCUGUAAUUAAAAGACAACAAGAUGCGCAUGGUGGUGAAGUUUUACAAACAGUUAAAAUUCGAGCAGAAAUUAAGAAACUAGCAUUGACACUUUACUUGGGAGAAUCAAAUUUGAUUGUUCGUCGUGCACCACGUGAUGAAUCUUAUAAAUUAGCUAAUGUUCAAAUACAAUUAUUAGAAGCAUUAUUUCGUCACCAAACUGAUUCAAGUUAUAAAGCAAUGGUACGUGUUAAAAAUUUUCUAGUUGAUGAUUUACGUAAAACAAAUAAAGCAACAAGUGUAACACGUAUGAUGGAUAGACAUUUUACAGUUGAUCCAAAUGCUCAAAUGGUUAUUGCAUCAUUUGAAUUUAAACCAAAAUCUCCAACAAACUCAAUGGCACUUCGACAAUUGAGUGCUCAACUUGAAAGUUUUUAUAUAUGUAUCAAUCUGGAUUAUUUAAUGACAUUACAAGAUUUUUUUAUAUCUGGUUUACCAACUGGUAGUACUAAAACAAGAUCUCGUACAUCCGCAAUGGCAUCUGAAAAAGAAAUUUCAACUAAACCUACUCCAACUGAUAAUGAUAAUAAUCGAUUAAAAGUAGAUCCAACACCAAGUCGACCUUCAGUUACAUUAAAAAAUUCAGCAUCAUCAUCAAAACCUUCUGCACCUGAACCACCAAGUUCAUCUAAUGCUGAUUCACAGAUAGAAACACGAAUUGAUGUGAUUGUCAAAAAUCCGGAAAUUAUUUUACUUGAAGAUCAACAUAAUUCAAAUUCGAAUUGUCUCGUACUGGACGUAUCUUUACAGAUGCGUAUGAUUAUUGUUGGUGAAGAUUCAAAAAUAUAUAUUUGGUUAAAAGAUUUAACAGUUUACAGUUCAAAUUUUGCAGAAUUAAGAGAUUCAAAAAAUGCUGGUUCAAAAAUAAAAUAUCGCAUUUUACAGCUAGCUAAAGCUGAUGUUAUUGUAAUUAUGGAUAAUCAUCAACAAAAAAUUAAUGUACGAAUAUCAGAUAUUAUUGUUAGUAUUGCACCUGCAGCAGUUAAAACAUUAAUUGGUGUUACAAGUUCAUUAGGAACACUUCAAGCAAAUGCUGUAGAAGAAAAAGAAAAAGUUAAUUCAAAAUCAUUAUUUACUCCAAAAACAUUUAAAGAUUCAGGUCUUUGGUAUAUAAAAGAAUAUGAAGAAAAACAAGCUAAACUUGAAUCAACUGAUAUAUUAGAAACUGUUAAAGAAGAAGAAGAUAAAACGAUAGAAAAAGAAGAAAAAAUUGAAGCACAAACCGUUUUAAUACAACAGUUAAUUUUAACACUGGAGACAAUUCAAAUUAAAUUGGAAGUUGGUUUAGGUUCAGUAACAAAAUCCGUUGUCGCAAUGUGUUUAUCAAAUUUAAUAGCUGAUGUUAAAAAUUGGUCAACAGAUUUAAGUCUUUCGUCAACUGUUAGUAUUGAAGCUGCAUUAUUUAAUGAACGGAUGCUUGCUUGGGAACCACUCAUUGAACCAACAAUUGAUGCAAGUGGAUCUGUUCUUUCACCUUGGUGUAUCACAUGUUCAAUUGUACCUGUAUUGUCAUUAAUUGAAAAAAGUGGAUCGGCAGUAUCAAAUGAACAAGAACGAAAAGAGGGUGUACCAUCAAUAAAUUCUAAGCAAAUUAUAUUCAUACGUGCCGAUCAAUUACUUAAUUUAACAAUAACAAAAACAGGUUUUGAUUUAGUUCAACGUUUAUCAGUUUUAUUCAAUGAUGUUUAUAAUAAACGAUUACCAUUUACUGAAGAUAAUGAUCAGCCAAUGUUAUCAUUAUUUAAUGGAACUGGACGAGAAAUAUUCAUUGAUAAUUUAGAUGGUCUUGAAUUUGCUGAAAAUAUGACACUCACAUCAAAAGCUUUAAAACCAGAUGGUUUCGUUCCAUUGGUUGUAGCAAAUGAUCGUCAAUCAACAGCAAGACUUUCUGUUAUUGAAGAACAAGAUUUUAAACGACGACAAGAAUUUGGCAUUAAAAUUGGAGAUGUUGUUGAAACUGUUACUAUCAAUCGAACAUGGAAACGUGUUUAUGAAUUAGGUCCAUCACCAAAUCCAAAUUGGCCAGUUCAAAUGCUUUGUGAUACACAAUUACGAAAUGAUCGUCGAUGUGUUAUUCUUAGUUCAAUUGUUAAAGUUUAUAAUAAUACAACAAUGCCAUUAAUUAUUUUAAAUAUUGAUUCAGUUGAUCCAAAAAAAUAUCAUCGAAUGGCAAAAAUUGAUAUCAACGAUGAAUAUUAUGUACCGAUUGAUUUACUUUAUACACAUUCAAAUUCACCAAUAUUUAUUUCUACUGAUGAAAAUGAACAUAAUGGUGAAAUCUAUGAUUUUUUUUCAUUUGAUUGGGAAAAAGAAUUUUUAUCGGAAAAAAAAUUAAAAUUAAAAACUGGAAAGGAAGCAAAUUUUAUUAUUUUUAAAGAAAUAACAAAUUCUUAUUCAGAAAAUACCGAUCAGCUUCAUCAUGCAAGCUUUAGUCUUUAUAUUCAUCCAGCUCUUCAUUUAACUAAUCUUUUACCAGUCGAUAUUCAAUGUUCAAUUGAUAAUGCUGAACGAAUAAAUUUAAAACCAAGUGACUUAAAUCUAAUUACAUCUGGCAAUAAACAAUCUAUAUUAAGACUUAUUAUUCCAUCAUACAAUAAUAUAAAAUGGAUAUCUGAUUCAGUUGAUUUAAAUGUUGAAGGAAAAGGUGAUCAUAAUGAACAUCUUGUCAUACUUCAUAAUUCUAAUAAUCAUCAACAAAUAUUAAAAAUGGUAUUACGUGUUGAUACAUUCCAUGAAUCAUAUCGUUUACUAUUCUAUUCACCAUUUUGGAUUCUUAAUCGUACGGAAUUACAACUUGAAUUUCAAAUUGAAAAUAAUCGUGCAUUCAUUGAAGUUGCUCAAACACCAUUUUUAGUUUGUCCAGAUAAAUUUGGAAGUGAUGCAAACAAAAAAGGACAGAUUCGUCUUUAUAGUACCCAACAAGGAGAUAAUACAAAAAACUGGUCUAAGAAAUUUUCACUUGAUGUUAUUAAAAGUACUGGUAUGGCAUCAUGUAAAGUUACAAAUGAUCGAACUUAUAUGGUUUGUGUGGAUAUUGCAACAUGUUCAUUUGGUUUAACAAAAAUUGUUACAUUAUCACCAUCAGUCGUUAUUAUUAAUAAAUCUACAAUGGAAAUUGAAGUAAUUGACACAGUAUCAGAUAGAGAACAAGUUAAAUGGCGACCACUUAAUCCUGAACAAAUAAUUCCAUUUUGGCCAUAUGAUAUAAAAAAGGGUGUAAUGCGUGUUCGAUAUACACAUAAUCGUGUUACAUCAAGUCCAUUUAUGAUGAAUCAAAAACAUCGAACACUUUUACGUAUGGAUGAUGAAGAACGUCCAGCAAUAUAUGUUGAAGUCACAGCAACUGAUUUUGAUGGUGUUCGAGUGAUUUUUGGUGAUUAUAAAAUUGGUGAUGCACCACUUCUUCUUGUCAACUGUUUGAGAAAAGAUCCAAUAUCAUUUUGUCAAGUUGAUGAUGUACGUACGCAAGUUUUACCACCACUGAAUUAUGUUUAUUAUACAUGGUCAGAUCCAUUGAAACCAAGAGAAUUAGUUAUCUCAUGUGGUUCAAAGAAAAAAACUGUGGAAUUAACUCCUCAAUGUGGUUUUCUUGGACAAGAUGGUGAUCAUAAUGUUAGCUAUACAACAUUUGUUGAUGGUGUUCAAACUGUAUUACUUUUUUCGGAUGAUACCAAAGUCAUUGAAGCUACUUCUGGAAUGCCAUCAUUAGCAGAAUCAAUGGGUCAACGUGUUCAAAUUGGUAUUCAUGAUAUUGGUUUAUCAAUUGUAAAUGAUGUAACUCGAGAAGAAAUGCUAUAUAUAAGUUUAAAUAAAUCUAAAGUUGUUUGGACAGAAACAAGAAGAUCACGUGUUCGACCAUUAUCACAUGAUAUGAAUAUACAUUUAGAAGAACUCUAUAGAACUCAUCUUGAACAACGUGAAGCUAAUCCAGAUGAUAAAGAACUUUUGAAAAAUAAAUAUCAUAUGGAACAAUUUCGUGAAAUAUCAUUUCAUGGUGAUACAGCCGAAUUAGUUAAUUCUAAAAGUCAAAGAAAAAUAGCUAAACGACAAGCAUUAGAUGGUCUUUGGAUUGAAUAUGCAUGGUCAGUUACAAAUGCUUCAUUACGUAUAAAAAUAAAUCGUGUACAAAUUGAUAAUCAACUUGAUUAUACAAUGUUUCCUGUUGUUCUUUAUCCAAUAAUAUCAAAAGCAACAGGAACGGAUCUUGCAGAAAAACCAUUUAUUGAAUUAAGUGUUUAUGAAUCGAAAACAAGUCGAUCAAAUGUCAUGCAAUUUAAAUAUUUUAAAUUACUUAUUCAAGAAUUUGCUGUUAAAAUUGAUCAAGGUUUAAUUAGUGCAACAGCACCAACAAUAAAUAUGGAUACGGAUUUAGAACAAAUACAAAAACCACUUGAUGCUAUUAUCAAAGCAUUAACUGAUAGUCCAACAGGCGAAACAGAAAUGUAUUUUGAUAAAAUACAUUUAUCACCACUCAAAAUUCAUGUUAGUUUUUCAAUGCAUGGAUCAAAAUCAAGUCAAGUAUUAUUAGCUGAAUAUCCAUUAGUUGCAUUUUUAUUACAAACAUUAAAUGUUGCAGAAGUACAAGAUAUUAUUUUACGUUUGGGUUACUAUGAACGAACACAUGAUCGAUAUACAAUAACAAAAUUAUCGAAUGAAGUUUCAUCUCAUUAUCAAAAUCAAUUUAUGAAACAACUUCAUGUACUUGUUCUUGGUCUUGAUGUACUUGGAAAUCCAUUUGGUGUUAUUCGCGGUCUUGCUGAAGGUGUUGAAUCAUUUUUUUAUGAGCCAUAUAGAGGUGCAAUUGAAGGUCCAGUGGAAUUUGCUGAAGGUGUAGCAACAGGUGUUCGAACAUUAGUUGGUUCAGCUGUUGGUGGUGCUGCUGGUGCAUUUUCAAAAAUAACUGGUGUACUUGGAAAAGGUUUAGCUACAUUAACAUUUGAUGAGGAUUAUAAAAUUUCACGUAUAAGACGAAAACAACCAACAACUCAUAGAACUACUGAUAUUGCUAUUGGGGGAAAAAAUGUUGUUAUGGGUUUUGUUAAUGGUGUAACAGGUGUUGUUAUAAAACCAGUUUCAGGUGCUAAAGAAGGUGGUGCAUCAGGAUUUGUUAAAGGUUUAGGAAAAGGUUUUAUUGGUCUUGUUACAAAACCAACAGGUGGAGUUGUUGAUUUUGCAAGUACUUCAUUAGAUCUAAUAAAACGAACUGCUCAACAAGAAGAAGUUGUACGACGUGUUCGUUAUCCACGUCAUGUUGGCCAUGAUGGUCUUGUUCGACCAUAUAUUUGUCAUGAAGCAAUGGGAUUUUUUAUUUUAAAUAAAUUAAAAAAUGGGAAAUAUGCUAAAACAGAUACGUAUGUUGCACAUAUAACUUGUUCAGACAAUCCACCCUCUUGGUUAUUAGCUACGUCAAAACGUUUAUUAUUUAUAACUGAAAUAUCAUUUCUUGGUUUAUAUGAAAUUGAUUGGCGAAUUGAAUAUGAAGAUUUAAGAGAAGAACCAGUUGUGAAGUCUUAUUCAAAUCGAAUACAAAUUCUUACAAAAGAAUCAAAGAAAACUGGAACAUUAAGGUCAACUCGCUCAUAUGGUAAAAUGGUUAUAUAUCGAAAUAUAUCUGAAGCUCGAUAUAUUGUUGAUAGAAUUACUAAUGCAAUGCAUACCAUUGGUCUUUAA